GUUAGCCUGACAUCAGGGGGGUUGACGUGUGCAGACUGCUUCAGUUACCUCUGUGUCAGUGUGGCGGUGGGUGUUAGUGUUGUGUGCUGCUGCUUCCUUCUACUCUGUUGCGUCACGCCACACUGGAUACUGCAGCCAUGGACGACCUAGGUAAUAUUGCAAGACAUGAUGCCGGUCCAGCUGUUCCCGGUGAUGCUGCAGGUCCAUCGGAGGCUGUCUUAGACGUCCCGGGUCCAUCAGCGGCUGUCUUAGACGUCCCGGGUCCAUCAGCGGCUGUCUUAGACGUCCCGGGUCCAUCGCCGGUAGUCUUAGACGCACCGGGUCCACCAGCCGCUGUCUUAGAUGUCCCAGGUCCACCAGCCGCUGUCUUUGAUGUCCCGGGUCAGUCAGCGGCUGUCGAAGGCGUCCCGGGUCGGUCAGCGGCUGUCGAAGGCGUCCCGGGUCAGUCAGUGGCUGUCGAAGGCGUCCUGGGUCAAUCAGCGGCUGUCGGAGAUGCAACAGGCUCAGAAAGUACUGAGCUCCUAUCCAAAGACAGCGCAAAACCUGUGGCUUCUCCUUUGAAAGAAAUUUUCCCCAAGUCACUUGAGGUUUCUUCGUCCCAAAGUGACAGAGAGACUUUACUUAAAAGUGCUCAGAGUUUGGGUUUUCCUCAAGAGAAGGAAAAAUUAAGCCAGCGAUUUCCUUCAGGCAAAGGGAGUCAGGAAUUUUUAUUAACUGGGAUUUCAAAAAACGACAGUAGUGAUCCGAAUUAUGGGGAAAAAUUGUCACCUUUGGGAAGUUACGUGGAACUAUCCACAACCCAAGUUUGUCAAAGUCUUUCUGUAAGUAGUGAUAAAUAUUUCUCCCAGUCCAGAAAUAACAUUGAGUUGGUAUCCAUUGUUCAUCAGAAAUUUAGCAAUAAUGAAACUAAGGAAACUGGAAUCAAUCGGUGCAUUUCUGCGUUAAACGACCUGUCUUCAUGUCAGGAUGACCAGGGUGCCAAAGCAGGCAAGGAUGAUGACCAGGGUGCCAUGGCAAGCAAGGAUGAUGACCAGGGUGCCACAGCAGGCAAGGAUGACGACCAGGGUGCCACGUUAGCAGAAAAGGAUGACCAGGGUGCCACGGCAGCAGGCAAGGAUGACCAGGGUGCCAUUACAGCAGACAAUGACGACCAGGGUGCCACUGUAGCAGACAAGGAUGACGACCAGGGUGCCACAGUAGCAGAAAAGGAUGACCAGGGUGCCACGGCAGCAGGCAAGGAUGACGACCAGGGUGCCAUUACAGCAGCCAAUGACGACCAGGGUGCCACUUUAGCAGACAAGGAUGACGACCAGGGUGCCACUGUAGCAGACAAGGAUGACGACCAGGGUGCCACUGUAGCAGACAAGGAUGACCAGGGUGCCACUGUAGCAGACAAGGAUGACCAGGGUGCCACUGUAGCAGACAAGGAUGACCAGGGUGCCACUGUAGCAGACAAGGAUGACGACCAGGGUGCCACUGUAGCAGACAAGGAUGGCGACCAGGGUGCCACUGUAGCAGACAAGGAUGACGACCAUGGUGCCACUUUAGCAGACAAGGAUGACGACCAUGGUGCCACUUUAGCAGACAAGGAUGACCAGGGUGCCACUUUAGCAGACAAGGAUGACCAGGGUGCCACGGUAGCAGAUGACGACCAGGGUGCCACCGUAGCAGACAAGGAUGACGACCAGGGUGCCACGAUAGCAGACAAAGAUGACCAGGGUGCCACGGUAGCAGACAAGGAUGAACAGGGUGCCACGGUAGCAGACAAGGAUGACCAGGGUGCCACGGUAGUAGACAAGGAUGACGACCAGGGUGCCACAGCAGAUAACUAUGACCAGGGUGCCACGGUAGCAGACGAGGAUGACCAGGGUGCCAUGGUAGCAUUCAAGGAAUACGACCAGGGUGCCACGGUAGCAGGCAAGGAAUACGACCAGGGUGCCUCGGUAGCAGACGAGGAUGACCAGGGUGCCACGGUAGCAGACAAUGACGACCAGGGUGCCACGGUAGCAGACAAUGACCAGGGUGCCACGGUAGCAGGCAAGGACGACCAGGGUGCCACGGUAGCAGGCAAGGAUGACGACCAGGGUGCCACGGUAGCAGGCAAGGAUGACGACCAGGGUGCCACGGUAGCAGGCAAGGAAGACGACCAGGGUGCCACGGUAGCAGGCAAGGAUGACGACCAGGGUGCCACGGUAGCAGGCAAGGAUGACGACCAGGUUGCCACGGUAGCAGGCAAGGAUGACGACCAGGUUGUCACGGUAGCAGGCAAGGAAGACGACCAGGGUGCCACGGUAGCAGGCAAGGAAGACGACCAGGGUGCCACGGUAGCAGUCAAGGAUGACCAGGUUGCCACGGUAGCAGGCAAGGAUGACGACCAGGUUGCCACGGUAGCAGGCAGGGAUGACGACCAGGGUGCCACGGUAGCAGGCAGGGAUGACGACCAGGGUGCCACGGUAGCAGGCAGGGAUGACGACCAGGGUGCCACGGUAGCAGGCAAGGAUGACGACCAGGGUGCCACGGUAGCAGGCAAGGAUGACCAGGGUGCCACGGUAGCAGGCAAGGAUGACGACCAGGGUGCCAUGGUAGCAGGCCAGGAUGACGACCAGGGUGCCACGGUAGCAGGCCAGGAUGACGACCAGGGUGCCACGGUAGCAGGCCAGGAUAACGACCAGGGUGCCACGGUAGCAGGCCAGGAUGACGACCAGGGUGCCACGGUAGCAGGCAAGGAUGACGACCAGGGUGCCACGGUAGCCGGCAAGGAUGACGACCAGGGUGCCACGGUAGCAGGCAAGGAUGACGACCAGGGUGCCACGGUAGCAGGCAAGGAUGACGACCAGGGUGCCACGGUAGCAGGCAAGGAUGACCAGGGUGCCACGGUAGCAGGCAAGGAUGACGACCAGGGUGCCACGGUAGCAGGCAAGGAUGACGACCAGGGUGCCACGGUAGCAGGCAAGGAUGACGACCAGGGUGCCACGGUAGCAGGCAAGGAGAUGACGACCAGGGUGCCACGGUAGCAGGCAAGGAUGACGACCAGGGUGCCACGGUAGCAGGCAAGGAUGACCAGGGUGCCACGGUAGCAGGCAAGGAUGACGACCAGGGUACAGAAACAGACGACUGUGAAAAUGCAGAGGUUAAGAAGCCAAGCAAGAAGUGCGCCAUAAUGUAAGGUUACUGCUGUUUACUGGUGCGUCGAGACGGUGAAAGCUCUCUAAUGGACAGGUGCACGUGCACGCACGAGGUGCACUGUCACAUCACUCGCGUAUAGAAUCUAGUGUGUACAUAUCAAACUGUGUUCAGUCACUCUUCCAUCUGUCAUGUUUUGCAGAAGAAAGUUUAUGGGAAAUCAGGGAAAGUUUAAUAUACAUGAACCCAUGACUGUGACAUUAUCUUUAUUUAACGCAAUAAAG